AUGGGCGUGUCCUUGGACAGUCAUCCCAUCAGCUGGCGCCACCGCGUCGACUGCGCGGCGGCGCAGCUCGCGCGGCUCGACUGCUCGGUGGCCGGCCUCCAGGAGGUCCGCGGCGCGAAGCUCUUCGAGUUGCUCCAGCGCAUCCCGCGCCUCAAGUGCGCGACGAACCCGCACUGCUUCCAGCCCAUCGUCUACGACCCGAGCGUGGCGCGGCCCCUCGAGUGGGGGCGGCUCGUGCUCUCGGACCGGCCGAUCUGGAAGUACGAGUGCACCUGCGGCACGCAGUACGCGUCGUCGUGCAAGUGCGGCGAGCGCUGGGCCGAGGGCGCGCCGCGCUGGGUCGGCGGCGCGACGACGUGGUGCGCCUUCGAGCUCGCCGACGCGGACGUCCGCUUCGUCGUCGUCAACAGCCACGUGUCGCAGCAGUCGCCGGAGGUCCGCGCGCGGGCCGUCCGCGAGGUCCUCGCGCCGCUCGUGCGGGCCCUCGGCAAGCGCUACGGGCGCCGCGUUCCAGUCAUUUGCACGGGCGACUUCAACGCGGCCAAGGACCAGAGCGGCGAGCAGAGCAACAAGACCGCCGACGCGUCCGGCACGGGCGAGCACGCGGCCCUCUGCGGCAUCCGCGGCGCCCGCGGCUCGAACAGCGACUACAGGACCGCAUUGAGGGAGUGGCUCGCGCGCGAGCGGCGCCGCGUCGCCCGGGGCCAGGUCCGCCUCGCGCGCGGCCGCCCGGGCCGCGGCCGCGGCGACGGCUACGACUCCACCGACGACGAGUUUUACGACUUCGUGUUGGAGCACCCCUGCGUCGACACGUGGGACGUCGCGCGGAAGCCGCCGACGGCGAACGGCUGCUUCGCGUCGACGUGCCAUCAGAUGAAGGGCCUCCGCGCCGACCAGCAGCACGCGGUCGCGGGAACGCAGGGCGUCGGCGCGAACCGCGUCUACUGCGACGAGAACCACAGCGGCAGGUCCACGAAGAGGCAGAAGUUGACGUACGGCUCGGACCGCUACAUCGACUGGAUCCUCGUGUCGUCGCCCGCCUUCGUCGAGGGCACGGCCGCGGUCCUCGACGCGGAGGUCCACACGAAGCAGUGCGCGGCCUGGUCCGCUUACAACCACACGCGCUACGGCUCCGACCACUACCCCGUCUCCGUCGACUUCGAGCUCCACCCGAACCAGUAA